AUGGUCCCUGUACAGUCUUUCACAGGUGGGCUGCUGGGCACAGGUGGGGCUGCUGGUCACAGGUGGGGCUGCUGGUCACAGGUGGGGCUGCUGGUCACAGGUGGGGCUGCUGGUCACAGGUGGGGCUGCUGGUCACAGGUGGGGCUGCUGGUCACAGGUGGGGCUGCUGGUCAUAGGUGGGGCUGCUGGUCACAGGUGGGGCUGCUGGUCACAGGUGGGGCUGCUGGUCACAGGUGGGGUUGCUGGUGCUGGUGCUGGCGGCUGGCGCUGGUGCUGGUUCCUGGUGCUGGCAGCUGGCACUGGGGCUGGUUCCUGAUGCUGGCGGCUGGCGCUGGGGCUGGUUCCUGGUGCUGGCGGCUGGCGCUGGUGCUGGUUCCUGGUGCUGACGGCUGGCACUGGGGCUGGUUCCUGGUGCUGGCGGCCGGCGCUGGGGCUGGUUCCUGGUGCUGGCGACUGGCGCUGGGGCUGGUUCCUGGUGCUGGCGGCUGGCGCUGGGGCUGGUUCCUGGUGCUGGCGGCUGGCGCUGGGGCUGGUUCCUGGUGCUGGCGGCUGGCGCUGGGGCUGGUUCCUGGUGCUGGCGGCUGGCGCUGGGGCUGGUUCCUGGUGCUGGCGGCUGGCGCUGGUGCUGGUUCCUGCGACCGCCGGUGCGACGGGCGAGGUGCAAGGUGGCGCUGGCUGCAGUCGAUGGCGCAAACGCGAUCGCGGGCCGCUGGCGACUUCGCUGGCGACUUCGCUGGCGGGUCGCUGGCGGCGGGUCCGCUGGCGUUCGCCAUAGCUGGAGGGCAGCGGCAGCUGCAGAGCGGAGGGCAGCAGGAGCUGCAGAGCGAAGGGCAGCAGGAGCUGCAGAGCGGAGGGCAGCAGCAGCUGCAGAGCGGAGGGCAGCAGCAGCUGCAGAGCGGAGGGCAGCAGCAGCUGCCGAGCGGAGGGCAGCGGGAGCUGCAGAGCGGAGGGCAGCAGCAGCUGCAGAGCGGAGGGCAGCAAGAGCCGCAGGAGCAGCAGAGCGGAGGGCAACAGCAGCUGCCGAGCGGAGGGCAGCAGCAGCUGCCGAGUGGAGGGCAGCGGCAGCUGCAGAGCGGAGGGCAGCAGGAGCUGCAGAGCGAAGGGCAGCAGGAGCUGCAGAGCGGAGGGCAGCAGCAGCUGCAGAGCGGAGGGCAGCAGCAGCUGCAGAGCGGAGGGCAGCAGCAGCUGCCGAGCGGAGGGCAGCGGGAGCUGCAGAGCGGAGGGCAGCAGCAGCUGCGGAGCGGAGGGCAGCAAGAGCCGGGGCAUAGGGCGGCAAUCAGGGAGCGGUUGGAGAAGUUUUGGGUCGGGGAGUGGCGGGAGCUGUUUGAGUUGGCGGUGGCGGUAAUGCAACCUGCGGCGCGUCCUUUGUCCUUCACCCCCCCCGAGCAUGAUCCUGAUGCGGUGCGCCUGGCUCGCUGCCGCACAAGGUGCAAAGUGGGAGAAUGGAGUCGGGGUUUGACGUGUCUUACUGCCGGUAGCAUCGCUCAGCCCUCUCAGCACAUGGUGGACGCGCUGCGAGCGAAACACCCAUCGAGCGAGACCGCCUUUCCGGAGUGGUUGCAGGAGGAGAUAGUUGAGCCUUUCCUUAUCCCGCAGCUCUCAGUGGAGUGCUUUCUCUACCUCGUCGCAUGCCUGGCGUCGCACGUGUCGCCAGCUGUCGCCGCGCGACCAACCACUGUGCCCAUCCUUAAGCUGCAGAAUACUGUAGUGGAGGCAGUGGAUAUGGGUGUAGUGGAGCAGAGGCUUGUAUCAGGAGCGUACUAUUCUGACUACAUGGCGUAUGCCCCUGGGGGAGGGACAAUCCCAGGGGGGGGUAUAGACGAGCAAGGGGGAAGCGGAGGCAGAAAUGGGAUGGCAGCAGGAGGGGCGACAGGGGGGGGAGGAGGAGGAGCAGGUGGAGCAGGAGCAGGUGGCGCAAGAGCAGAUGGAGCAGGUGGAGCAGGAGCAGGUGGAGCAGGUGGAGCAGGUGGAGCAGGUGGAGCAGGAGCAGGUGGAGCAGGAGCAGAGGGCUUAGGCGGAAAGGGACAGGAAAUGGGGAAAGAGGGAAAUUUCACCCAGGCAGCAAGGGGCAGCAAUGGAACCGAAACGAGCGGCAGUGGAACAGAGAGUAGCAGCAAUGGAACACCAAGGAGCAGCAAUGGAACCAUUUCUAUCUGUUUCCUCACACAGAACCCCUCCCACGCCCCUCCUAUCAUUAACUCCCUAGAGAUUCUCCCCGUUCACUCAGAAGCUUACGACUCUGCCACCCUCGGCCCAGAUAUUAUCCUCUCGUCUUAUCUCCGGAUCAACAUGGGCGGCGGGCAGGUUGGGCCCGAGCCUGAGGACCCGGGGUUCCGAACCUGGAUUGCGGAUGUGGUUUGGGAGAAGGAGAUGGCUCGGCUUGGGGGGGCUGUGGUGGGGAGGAGGAGAGGGUGGGCGAGAGGGAGGGGGAUUGCAGGGACGAGAAAGCCACCUGAGUUUUUACCUGGGAUGAUAUUUGAAGACUGGAGGUCGGCUGGGGGGUUGGAGUUGCAAUCAGUGGAUGGCAAGGGGCAGGGGCAGGGGCAGGGGCAGGGGCAGGGGCAACAAGGGCAAGGUCAGAGACAGGUGCGUUCUCGCAGACGACUGAGCUUUCAGGAUCAUCGCUCCCAUAAUGGGCUGGACUUGAGUGUUCGUGGCUUCCACGAUAAACUGGGCUCAAGCAAUCAUCACUCCCAUGCUGGGCUGGCCUUGAGUGGUCGCGUCUCCCAUGAUGAGCUCUGCACCAAGUGCGCUGCCCUGCUUCCCCAGAUGCUAACAAGACCCUUUGAGAAUCGGAGCCACCACAACAGCAUCGUUCAGAAUCAGGACUACGAGCAUGGAGACCAAGAGCAGCAGCACCAACAGCAGCACAGGCGCGUGCUCACAGGUACAGAUCCUCAAGCCUCAGCCGGCACAGCAGGUGCAGCUCCUCCUUCCCCAGGCGUGCAGAUCACGGGGUUCCGGAUGGCUCUGAUACCAGCGCACGCAUCGAACCUCUGGUACAUGCGCUUCUACUUUGCUGAGAUGAAUGUAACUGCCAAGGUGGGCGACCGGCGGUUUGACAUCUUGCUGGGGAGCGGCCGUCGGGUGGUGGCUCUGGGGAAUAGAAUCGGGCUGCUGGGGGGCCGAGGCGGGACGGGGAGUGGGAGUGCUGGUGCUGGUGCUGGUGCUGGUGCAGGUGCUGCAGGUGCUGGUGGUGCUGCUGGUGGUGCUGCUAACUCGGCAGCAGAAGCAGCAUUAGGAUCAUCAUCAACAGCAGCAGCGGCAGCAGCGGAAGCAUCUUCGGAUUUCGACAUUCUCUCGCACGUGCCUCCCCGCACGGCCCUCAUCGUCCCCCUCCUCUUCAACUUCUCCCGCUUCUCCCACGGCCGUUCAGAGGACUUGGAGGUAGGCGUGCGCACAGCAGCCAAUAGCACGCUGCCAGCUGUCCUGAGUGCUGUGGAGCUAUUCGAAGUGGUGCCAGUGUCCUUGGAGAAAGAGGAGGAGGAGGGAGAGGAGGUGAAUGUGGUACCAGGCUCGGGGGAAGCGGAAUCGGGAAUGAGUGACGGCGGGGAUGCGGCGAGGGGGAGAGUUGGUCGGCGGUGCUGCGCCGCGGCUAGGCGGAGACUGGAUUGGGGGGAAGCGGCGGACGACCGUUCCGCAAGUGAGGGGGGAGCCGCUACUAGAGCCGCGCCGGAAGCUGCGGCUGUAGUGCGGAGCAAGAAGCGGAUUUCAGUACACGUGGCAGCUCGGGAGGGGGACGUAGAGGCGCUGCGCGAUGCGCUAACAGUUAGACCUGGUGCUAUUAACGAGAGGCAAUUGCCGGUGUGUCAGACGCCUCUCCAUCUCGCCGUGGCGGAGGGGCACCUCGAGGCUCUCCGCUUUCUCCUGGACUGGAGGGGGUCGUGCGGCGGGGCAGAAGUGAAGGCAGACGUGGAAGCGCGGAACAUGUUCGGCGAGACACCUGUGCUUGUGGCGGCCAAGAGCAGCAACGUGGAUGCCAUUUGGUUGCUGCUACGAGCAGGCGCACGGGCGGACGUCGCUGCCACGAACGGCAUGACGCCUGUCCAUCUCGCCGUGUGGGCUGCUGUGCAAUCUGCUAGUAGCAACACUGGCAGCGACACUGGUAGCAACUUCAACUGCAGCAUUGCCGCCCAUCCGCCUAGCAAGCCGCUAGCCACAGCAAAAUCAGCACCUGAAGCGACACCUGGGCCAGCAAAGUCACCUGAAUCGGCACCUGGAUCACAGCAGCUAGCGCAGCAGCAGCAGCAGCACCUGACGCAUCAAGCAGACCCAACAGUCUCUCCCUCUAAACCAUCUCCAUUGCGCCACUCCCAAGGGGAACUCUCCCCCAAACCACUCUCCCCAGGGGAGCUCUCCCCCCGACCACUCUCCCCCUGCUCCCCUCGUCCGCUCUCCCCCCAGCCCCUCUCCCCUCGACUGCUUUCCCUGAGCGCCUAUAGUUCGGCCUUCUCCACCUGCCCGCCACCCACACCAUCGUCCCCCACCAGUUUCGACUCCCUGCCUGCAGCUGCUGCUGCCUCUGCUUCUGGUUCUGCUGCUGCGGACGGGUGUAUGUUCUCCCCGUCUGCUGCUGCUGCUGGUGCUGGUUGUUCUGGUGCAAAUGGUGGUGGUGCUGCUGGUGGAGUGAAGGGUGGUGGCAGCAGGGAAUAUGGUGAGGGAGUGGUGGCGGCUGUGGCAGUGCUGCUAGAAGCCAAUGCAGACCCGUGUGCUGUUGAUAAGUCGACCCAGGUGUUCUGUGUGCCGAGAGGUGCAGGCUCUGCUGCAACAGCACACAUUCAUGUGCUCCUGUCCCUUUUCCUGGUGCCUCUUUCCGUCACAUCUCAUCUCCCACACCUCGUCCGUCCUUCCCACGCCAUCAGGACGGCAACACCCCCCUGGCGCUGCUUCCCAGUCGAGUCACGUGGACGGCAACACCCCCCUGGCGCUGCUUCCCAGUCGAGUCACGUGGUGCUCUAUGUGCUGAGAGGUGCAGGCGCUGCUCAUGUGCUCCCAUCUCUUUCCCUCUCGUAUCUUCCCCUCAUGUCUCGUCUCUUCGUGUCUCCCACCCUUUUCAGGACGGCAACACCCCCCUGGCGCUGCUUCCCAGUCGAGUCACGUGGACGGCAACACGCCCAUGGCGCUGCUUCCCAGCCGAGCCACGCGGUGCUCUGUGUGCCGAGAGGUGCAGGCUCUGCUGCAACGACACAUCAGCAGGCGAACAAGGCUGCAGUCGGGGAAUAUGUGGGGCAUACGGGUCCGAAAACGAGGAGGAAGAUCGAGGAAGCAGAAGGAGGGAUUCUGUUCGUAGAUGAGGCUUAUAGGCUUAUGCCGUGUCAAAGGAGUGAGGAGAAAGACUAUGGGAUUGAGGCUUUAGAGGAGAUAAUGACAGUUAUGGAUUCGGGGAAACUGGUGGUGAUUUUUGCGGGGUAUGCAGAGCCGAUGCAGCGAGUUUUCGAGGCUAAUGAGGGGUUUAAGAGGAGGGUUAAUAAGUGUUUUACUUUUGAUGAUUUCAGCCCGAGGGAGAUUGCCAGGGUGAUGCUGCUGAAGAUGGGGUAUGGUCAGAAGGGGGAGCAGGGGAGAUUGGGAGGCGUGGAGUGUGAGAAUUCUCACCCAGUAGAGGAGACCCAGAUUCAGCAGAAAGGGGGUAUGCGUGAAGGGCAGAUGGAGCAGACGCAUGUAAGGGGAGAGAGGCAAUGGGAAUAUAGUAAGAUUGGGGAGCGAGUGGAGGAGCGAAGGGAUGAGGAGAUGGAGCCACAGGGGAAGCAGCAGGAUGCAGGGGCAGAUGAGAGGAAGGGAGGGGGGCAGGGUGAGGAGUGUAGCAGUCUGGGUGGGAGGGGAACAGCAUGUGACUGUAACGAACGGUGUGGUAACCGCAGCAGCGGUGCGGCUUCGGAUGGUAGCAUCAGGAACGGCAGUGAUGAGCUGGCAGGAGGCGGAGGGAGUAUGCCCUGUGUAGCUGAUGGUUCCAUGAUCCACCAACUGCAAGGAGAGGAAGUGGGGAAAUGGCCGGUUGGAGUGGAGGCGGGUGGAAGAGGAGGGGAUUUUGCGGGUGGAAGCAGUGGCAUUAGCAAUGAGAAUGGGAGUGGGAAUGGGAGUGGUGGCAUUCGCAAUGAGAAUGGGAGUGGGAAUGGGAAUGGGAGCGGUGGGAGCAAGGAGGAGAGUGAAGCUGGUGAUGACGUGGACAUGUCUCCGCUCACUGGUUUCAGGCUCCACUCCUCAUGUUCAGAAGAGGCAUUGGCAGAGGCGAUCGUAGCACACACGUCAGCGAAGCAGCGCAGGGAGAGGAACGGCGGCAUGGCAGUGCCGGUGCUGCUGGAUGCCCGGGACCAUCUGGACCUGAGGCUUCCCCUGGACUGCUGCUGUGAGGAGCAGCUGAUGACCAUCCACAUGCACGACAUUGAAGCCGCGCUGGGGAUGCUGCCACCAUGA